GAACUGCUGCAGCAGGAGUCAUGGCGGGCCAGGCAUUCAGAGAGUUUCUUCCCGGCUCUGACCCAGUAUUAGUUGAAAGGAGUGCUGCAGAAACUGUAACCAAAGGAGGCAUUAUGCUUCCAGAAAAAUCUCAAGGAAAAGCAAUGCAAGCAACAGCAGUGGCUAUUGGAUCAGGCUCCAAAAGAAAGGGUGGAGAGAUUCGACCAGUUUGUGUCAAAGUUGGAGAUAAAGUUCUUCCAGAAUGGGGAGGCACCACGGUAGUUCUAAACAACAAGGAUUAUUUCUUAUUUAGAGAUGGUGACAUUCUUGGAAAGUACAUAGCCUGA